AUGUUAAAAAUUGUAAGAAACAGCUCUAAAGCACUCUCUAUCUUUACUACUCGUCAUAUAUCAAGUACAAGGUUUGUAAUGUCCUCUAAUAAUACGUCAUGGAACCCUUCACUAAGCAAAGAACAACUAGCCGUCCUUAGAGACAAAGGUACUGAACCUGCCAAUUCUGGGAAAUACUUGCAUAAUAAGGAGACUGGCGUUUACACAUGCGCUAAUUGUGGGAACGCUCUUUAUAAGAGUGAUACCAAGUUUGAUUCUCAGUGUGGAUGGCCCUCCUUUUACAAAGAAUUCAAUAAGGAUUCGUUAAAGUACAAUGAGGAUGUUAGUCAUGGGAUGCAGAGAAUUGAGGUAACUUGUCAAAAGUGCGGUGGCCAUUUGGGUCACGUCUUUAAAGGAGAAGGUUGGACCAAGUCAUUGGGACUCCCCAUUGAUGAAAGGCAUUGUAUCAACAGUUUAUCAUUAAAUUUCAAGAAGGUUUGA